AUGAAUUUUGAUAAAGAUCCACUGGAUCCAAAUACAAAAGUUCUUGAGGGAGAACCACAAGAGAAGCCAGAAUGGAUAUUUGAUUAUUCUGAUUUAGAGAAAGAAAGGGAAACAACUAAUCCUCCAAAGAAAGGUAGUCCAUUAAAGGUAGGAUACAUUGUUUUAAUUGUAAUAGUUGCUCUAGUUGUUGUGGCUGCAAUUGCAGUUGCUGUUUAUUUCAUUAUUUUCAGAAAGAAACCUAAUACACUUUCAAACUCUGUAGAGAAUGAUCUCAAUGAUAGCGAUGAACAAAAACCAUAA